GCCAUGACAACCACCACAAAAUGCCAGCCCACCAACUACGAAGAAACAGACCCUGUUGAUCACAGCCUGUUCGGUCCGGUUAAGAUCUCAAAUGACGAUGAUUUUAUGAAGGAUUUAACGAGGGAGUGGGACGAGCGACGUCACGAGGCUACUGUCUUCUUCAGACGAGUCUCUUUCUCCGAGAAGUUCGGCCUGUUCGCGAUACCAACAGCAUACAGCCAACUCAGCAAGCUGUCCAAGACCCCAGAUCACAUCAUGUUUGACGACGUGUUCCUGGCAACCAACGCACUGGAACCCACCCCGGUGGAGAUGGGAGGGUCUCUGGUGCUCGAGAAUGAUCACAGCUGCAUGUUUACUGGAGAGCUGGACGGCAGCAAGAUCAUGGUUCAGGUUCUCAAGAAGUUCCGAGGAAACGAAGCGUUUUUCAUCCACCAGAUAGAGAUGAGAAAGAACUGUCCUAUCCAGGGGAUAUCCAACCUUCUCCGAUACAGCUGCGAUACAAAACACCUGGUGUUGGUCUACGAGCACAUCAACUUUGGACCUCUCAACUCACUUAUUGCAGCAAAUCACAAAUUACCGAAGUUGAAUUGGGCGGCCCGAGUGCAAAUAGUGUACGAUAUCGCUACUGCUGUCUUCGAACUUCACUCUAAAUUCCAAACUGCCCACCUAAAUAUUUCAAGUCAGAACAUAUUCCUCGAUCGACACUACCAAUGCAAAAUCGGAGAUUUCGGUCACAGUGGUGGUGAUAAUCUGGAAUUUAAUUACAUCGAAGAUAUUCACGGUCUUGGAAUGAUAGUAGCUGAACUCUACUUUGAUUCAACCUUGGUCGAGAGGAUAGAAGAAAUGGCAGAAAAAGUGAAGAAAUGGGGAUCUGAUCUUUCAGCGUUUCUUGUAAACAGACACGAAUUACUGUGUGACGUAGAUGAUAAGAGUCUGCUGAACUUCUUACAACUUUCUCAGUUCUGCCUCCAAUGUGAUUUCACUGUGGAAUCUAGCGAGGUGUACGAUAAGAUAUCAGAAUUCUACGAAGAGCAGAGCAGGCUAUCCACUGUUUUAGUUUGAAAUCACUUGACGGAUCGACUUAUCUAUUAUUGAGGACGUUUUAUAAAUACGUUUUGUAAAUCUUUAAAACUUUGCAGAUUAAUUAAUUUAUUGAUUACAGAACUAAGUGAAAACAGUUGAUUGUUAUAACCACAUUUCUUACAAAUAAUUAGAAUCAUAUAAAACAGUAUUUUUCAUAUCAAUACAUUAUACACGCCAUGUUCAGUGUUCGCAAAAAAGCUUGACAUUUGUUAUUUUUGUUUUAUCAUUUCUGUGAUUUGUCAUAAAAAGAAAAUUCUGCUAGCAAUCAGUAUUGAAUUUUAAAAAAGAUUGAUCGAUAAAUCUCACAUAUACGCUGUAUUGCUGACAGAAUUUUCGAACAGUAUCAAUUUAACGAUUACAUCUUA